UGCCAUGUGUGAGACGAACGACGCAACUGUGGUGAAACGUUUAGCUGCUGAUCGGUGUUUUUAACAACUAAGAUAUUUCGAAGUCACUACAGUAUAACUGUAAGAUCUUAUCCGUGGAAAGCCUGUAAAAGCUAUGUUACUGGCUGUAAGCAAACGGUCAUGAAACUUCACUUUUGGGAUUUUUAUUUCUGGUUUGUUAAGAAGUGACGACACCUGGGAACAAGGCACCUUACCGGGUUUAUGAGCUUGGUUGACGCUGACUCAGUCGACAUGUCUGAGAAGUUGGAAGGGUUUGAGUUUUGGAAGGUUAAACUGAAGGGGGCAAAGCUUGUGGUGGCUCCAAUGGUUGACCAGAGUGAAUGUGCAUGGCGAAUGCUGAGCAGGAAAUACGGGGCGGAGUUGUGUUAUACGCCCAUGUUCCAUGCACCUAUCUUCAGUCGAGACCCAAUCUAUCGGAGAGAUGCUCUGGCCAGCUGUGACGGGGAUAGGCCACUCAUUGUACAGUUCUGUGCCAAUGACCCAGAAGUGUUACUGAAGGCUGCUCAGUUAGCCGAGCCUCACUGUGAUGCUGUGGACCUUAAUCUGGGCUGUCCCCAGAGCAUUGCUAAGCGGGGUCACUAUGGGGCCUUUCUACAGGAUGAGUGGGAGCUUAUCUAUGACAUGGGUAAGUUAUGCCACAAGAAGCUGAGCAUUCCAAUCACAUGUAAGAUUCGGGUAUACGAGAAUGUGGAGAAGACUGUGAAAUAUGCUCAGAUGUUGGAGAGUGCAGGCUGCCAGCUGCUGACGGUUCAUGGUACUCGCGAACAGAAAGGCAGGUUUACAGGAGUAGCGAGCUGGGGCCACAUCAAGGCCGUCAGAGAGAAUGUGAACAUACCUGUGUUUGCUAAUGGGAACAUCCAGUACUUAUCAGACGUGAAGAGAUGCCUGAAGGAGACUGGAGUACAUGGUGUGAUGACAGCAGAAGGUAACCUGCACAAUCCUGCCUUGUUUACCGGUACCAGUCCCCCAUUGUGGCAGGUGGCUGAGGAGUAUCUGUCCCUGGUGGAGAAGUACCCCUGCCCGAUCUCUUAUGUCCGUGCUCACAUCUUCAAACUGUUCAUCCAUUGCAUUUUGUACAGUUUGCAGAUUCAUCAAGACAUUCGGGAAGAAUUGGGGAAAGGCAAGUCUAUGGACUGUUUUAAAUUGGCUGUUCUCAAACUGAAGGAAAAAUGCUUGGUAAGCAUCUCUUCAAAGUGUAGGAUAUGUUAAUUUAAGUCCCACCUACCUCUGCCAUAUUGGUUGUGUCAGCCUUAUGUCAGACCCAGUCCGGAAGAGGCUCGUGCUAAAGAAGAACUGGCUAAAGAGAGAGAAAAACUGAAGCGGCCUCUGGCGAAUAUUAAUGGGGAUGAGGAGCAGCCUCUGUCAAAAAACAAGUUGAAGAAGAAGCUGAAAUAUCCAACAAAAACUUUGACUCUGAUCGGAAAAUUAAAAUUUGAAAAAGUCACAAACAUCUUUAUCAAAACAAGAAAGGAGAGAAAACGUGAGCUAGAGGAGAAGCAGAAACAAAUGGCACUGAAAAAUGAUGAGUUGUUGGAAGCCCUGAAUUGUGAACGUAAGGCAUUAUCAGUUGGUGAGUCUGUAAAACCGGUGACUGAAAUGGAGACAGCGCAUUGCACGGGUAGCAUUGACCAGAACGUCUCUGAUAGCGGUGAUGUCAUUGCCGACUCUGAUGGACUCUCACAAGGGGUUAGGACUAUCUCUCCUGCGGCAGGAGGGAAACUACCUGCACAAACAGUUCUUGAUUCAACAUCAGAGAAAACCUAACAGACUGACUACACCAGGAUAUGAAGUCGUCAUAGAAAUAAUAGGUGAUAUGUAUGGUAUUUGUCAGCUUGUAAAUAACCAUCAGUGUAGGGAAGUGUCAUGUGUUAUCCCAAACAUGUUGUCUAUUUAAAGUCUUUCAUAUGUAAAGAUAAAGUAAAAUUAUUGACAUUGUUAUGAUGAAAUGGUUCUGGGUUAUGGAAAUAAUAUUUUAUUAUGAAAGAUAAUGUAUUGUUUUAUGUUUAGACUAGCUCCUAAUUGCUCAAAUCGGGUAUGCAAAAUUAUUUUUGUUAAUAUCAUUCUCCUCUCUGUGUAAUACAUUGUCAACAUACAUACAUGUAUAUGUGGCUAUUUAGGGCUCAUUGGGAUCAAUCAAGGUAGAUUUGCCUUUAGCUUGAAUAUGGCUAGGUUGACAGCGUGGAACUUGGCUGCAUGUAUUCUUGUUGUGUAUAGGCUUUGACAUUUUAUUGUCAUACUUCCAUAAUAUUUCUCCAUCUCAACUAUGAUAUCCAAUCAGUACCAUUUGCUGGAAACAUUCUUAUGUAUUAAAACAAUAUGUAAAAAUAAUUUUAAAUAUUGAAAUUCAUCAAUUUAUUCAUCAUACCUCAGCAGCCUGUUUAGCACAUGGAGCAUCUUAAACAAUCCACUGGUAUUUUAUAGAUGUGACCUACAUAUU